CAGCAACCCUUGCCGGUGACCUGUCACCCCAAUAUGGCGGCCCAGUAGCGGCUCAUGUAUUGGGGUUAUUCCCAGUGCUUCGUGUCUUUAAUAGAGAGUUGACAGAACAGAGUAAACCGUGCGCUCCGGCGACAGGACUGCCUGGUGUCCGCGCUGAAAGCUCAGAUAAAGCCGCUGUCAGCCCGCUUCACUCGGCUCCUGUCUCUGUGAGGGCUCGCUACCUCCUCCUGAAGAAAACAUGUCCUUCUGCCUGGUCAGACGGUGUGAAGCAGCGUUUUUACGGCACCUGUCAGAGUUCAGAGUGUCCAGACGGAGGACGUCCAGCUGCGGGCUGAGCGGGACGGUGUGGCGGCACCGCUGGAUGAAGAGGCUGCCGGUGCUCCGCUGCAGGGACCUCAGCUCUCACACACACCAGGACGCUGUUGACCUGUCCAAGUUCCCCGUGGAGAGGAUCAGGAAUUUCAGCAUCAUCGCCCACAUCGACCAUGGAAAAAGCACUUUGGCUGACCGGCUGCUGGAGAUGACAGGUGCCAUCGCCAAGACUGAGAAGAACAAACAGGUGCUGGACAAGCUGCAGGUGGAGCGGGAGAGAGGGAUAACCGUGAAGGCCCAGACCGCCUCGCUGUUUUACAGCCACCAGGGUCAGCAGUACCUCCUGAACCUCAUCGACACGCCGGGUCACGUCGACUUCAGUUAUGAGGUCUCACGCUCGAUUUCUGCAUGCCAAGGCGUUCUGUUGAUUGUCGACGCCAACCAGGGGAUUCAAGCACAGACGGUGGCCAACUUCUACCUGGCUUUUGAAGCACAGCUGACCAUUAUCCCCGUCAUCAACAAGAUUGAUUUGAAGAAUGCUGAUCCAGACAGGGUGGAGGCUCAGAUUGAAAAAGUCUUUGAUAUUCCACGUGAAGAAUGCAUUCGGAUUUCAGCUAAACUCGGAACCAACGUUGAGCGAGUUCUCCAAGAGGUCGUGAACAGGAUUCCACCGCCUGAGGUGAGCACCGAUGACCCCUUUAAAGCCCUGGUGUUUGACUCCACUUUUGACCACUACAGAGGAGUGGUGGCUAACAUCGCCCUGUUCGGAGGCCAAGUCAAAAAGGGGGACAGGAUCGUGUCGGCGCACCUCGGCAAAGCCUACGAAGUCAACGAGCUGGGGCUCCUGCGGCCAGAUGAGCGCCCGACAGACAGAUUGUAUGCAGGCCAGGUGGGCUACAUGGUAGCAGGGAUGAAGGAUGUGAAGGAGGCCCAGAUCGGUGACACACUUUACCUGCAGCAGCAGCCGGUGGAAGCCCUGCCAGGGUUCAAGCCCGCCAAGCCCAUGGUCUUCGCUGGCAUGUAUCCAAUGGACCAGUCAGAAUACACUGGCCUUCGCAGCGCCAUCGAAAGACUGACCCUGAAUGACUCAAGUGUCACGGUGCAGAGAGACAGCAGUCUGGCCCUGGGAGCAGGCUGGAGACUUGGCUUCCUGGGUCUUCUCCAUAUGGAGGUGUUCAAUCAGAGGCUGGAGCAGGAGUACAAUGCCUCCGUUAUAGUAACAGCGCCCACUGUGCCCUACAAGGCUGUCCUCUCCUCAGCCAAGCUCAUUAAGGAACACGGCAGCGAGGAGAUCACCAUCGUGAACCCGGCUCAGUUCCCAGACAGAUCGCUCGUGUCGGAGUAUCUGGAGCCCAUGGUGGUGGGGACCAUUCUCUCUCCAGACACUUACACUGGCAAGAUUAUGAGCCUCUGCAUGAAUCGCAGAGGCGUCCAGAAGAACAUGGUGUACAUCGACGACCACCGUGUGAUGAUGAAGUAUCUCUUCCCUUUAAAUGAAAUCGUGGUGGAUUUCUACGAUCUGCUCAAAUCAAUGUCUUCUGGAUAUGCCAGCUUUGACUAUGAGAAUGCAGGUUACCAGGCUGCUGAUCUGAUAAAAAUGGAUAUUCUGCUGAAUGGGCGAUCCGUGGAAGAGCUCACCACAAUUGUACACAGAGAGCGGGCCUAUAGUGCUGGGAAAGCCAUGUGUGAGAAACUGAAAGACUCCAUACCAAGGCAGAUGUUUGAGAUUGCUGUACAAGCAGCCAUUGGGUCUAAAAUCAUCGCAAGGGAAACAAUAAAGGCAUAUAGGAAAAACGUUCUUGCAAAAUGUUAUGGGGGUGACAUUACACGGAAAAUGAAACUACUGAAGAAACAAGCAGAGGGAAAAAAGAAGAUGCGGCGGAUCGGCAAUGUGGAUGUUCCCAAAGACGCCUUUAUAAAUGUUCUGAAGAGGAAAGACAAAUAGAAAUUCUGUUAAUUGCAAUAUUAUUUAUGCCACAUUAUUGCUCAAGGGGUCUUUCUUAUGAGAGGUUCUCUACUGUAGAUUUCUCUCUAAGUAAAGUGCUCGCUGGUGCUUCAAGCUGCUGCCCCAUGUGCUGAUUUUUCCAUUGGGCUUCAUUAUUUCUCUGCCUGCUACUUUAAAUCAGUAGCCUACCCUGCUGGGAGAGAAUUUAAAGAUUUCAUGCUAUUCAAGCCUCAUAAUUGUUAAAUCAUUCCAAAUGAUUUCAUUGAUUUAUAAAGAGAGAAAAAGAAUCCCAAGGCACUCUCCACCUAGAUUACAGUAUGUCUUUAUUAUAUCAUAUCAUGAAGGAGACUGCUUUGGUAUCCUUUCUUUUUUCUUUUUUAAAUUCUCUUUGUAUAAAGACAUCCCACAUUUUCAUGGAGCACACUGACAGCACAGAGAGCGUUCCUCUACUAUUCACUAUGGUUCAUAGAUUUAUUUUUUUCCAGAUGAUAUAUUGACAGCCCUGAUUGUGGUGGCAAUUCAAACAUUUUCUGUGGUAGAAAUAUAAUUUGCUAUCAUUUAGACCACAGUACACAGUGUUCUACAACUCUUGCAGCUCUGAGUAAUAAAGAGUAAGAAAGCCUUUUCAGCUUCAAUAUGGUUC